AGUUCUCCCUGCAUCGUCUCUGAGACCGGUCACCCCCCUCCACACAGAGUCAACAUGCAGGCCACCGCCGCUACCCGCGCCACCUUUGGCCUCUCUCGGCCCGCUGUCCGCGGCUCCCGCCAGGUGACCCGUGCCUCCGUCGAGUUUUAUGGCCCCGACCGCGCCAAGUGGCUGGGCCCCUUCUCCGACGGCGCCGUGCCUUCCUACCUGAAGGGCGAGUUCCCCGGCGACUACGGCUGGGACAGCGCUGGCCUGUCUGCUGACCCUGAGACCUUUGCCCGCUACCGCGAGAUCGAGGUCAUCCACGCGCGCUGGGCUAUGCUCGGCGCCCUGGGCUGCCUGACCCCCGAGCUGCUGCAGAACAACGGCGCCGCCGACUUUGGCGAGGCCGCUGUGUGGUUCAAGGCCGGCGCCAGCAUCUUCAGCGACGAUGGCCUGAACUACCUGGGCAACCCCUCCCUGAUCCAUGCCCAGUCCAUCGUGGCUGUGCUGCUGACCCAGCUGGUGAUCAUGGGCGCCGCCGAGGCGUACCGUUAUGCCGGCGAGGGCCCCGUGGAGACCAGCGGCGACUCCCUGUACCCCGGCGGCGCCUUUGACCCCCUGGGCCUGGCUGACGACCCCGACACCCUGGCCGAGCUGAAGGUCAAGGAGCUGAAGAACGGCCGCCUCGCCAUGUUCUCCAUGUUCGGCUUCUUCGUGCAGGCCCUGAUCACCGGCAAGUCGCCCCUGGAGAACCUGGCCGACCACCUGGCCGACCCGUCUACAGCCAAUGGCUUCGCUGUGGCCACCAAGUUCGUGCCCACGCCGUAAGUGGAGUGGACUCCCCCUGUAACCCCAACUCUUGUAAUUGCCAAUUUCCCUAUCA